AUGGAUGCUAUAGACACACUUCUUAAUGAGCAUGCGCUAAACUAUUUCAUUGCCCAUGGAUUUCAACAACUCGUGAAUGAGAUCAGCGAGGAAUUAGGGAAAAUAUCACCAAGGACUCCAUUUCAAAUCGAAAAUAUUCCAUUGAUCAAACCUUCACUUGAUUGCAUAUCACUAAUUGGAUUUGAGAAAAUAUUUAGUAUAGAGUUAGAGAAUGAUCGCCGACUUGCAAAUUCUUCCAGUCAAGAAGCUUUAGCUAACCCAUCGAUUGCGGUCAUCGAGGACUUGAUCUGUGGCCAUGCUUCAGAAAAUUUCAAAUUCCCCGAGCUCAGUACUUUGAAAAUAGUCCAGGACAUUGAAAAUGGAGUUGAAACAUCUAAACGCGAAUAUAUUAGACCUGAAAUCAAAAACAAGAUGUUGUCGUUGUUGCUACAAGUGGCAGACACUGUUCCUGGAUUGAAACUUGUUGACAAAAAUAAUAAUAAUGGCAUUGAGAAUGAGAAUGAGAAUGAGGGUGAGAAUGAACUCAACAACAGCAGUAGGAAUAGCAACAAUUUCACUUCUAAAGAUAAGAAAAUAAUGAAUUUGUCGUUAUUCCUUGCAAUGUACCUCAAGGAACUCAAAAGCCAGCACUUGCAAUCUAUAGGAGCCAUGCUAGACGAUGCUGCCGGAUAUUUGAUGAGCGGCUACGAAGGAUCUAUUCCACUUGACUUGCUUCAAAGCUCGUUUAAAGUAUACCUUGCAUCGAACUUAAAGUUCAUUUCCUCGGGAUCAAUAGAGCUUCAAUCAGGCAACGAAAAGAUUGUUAAUGAACUUCGAGAAAGAGCCAAUAAUCUUAUGUCGUAUCUGGCAUUUGCUCAAGCAAUAAAGCUAUAUACAGAAGCGAUCUCGGUUAUUCCCAAACCUUCUAAAAAACAAGAUGUUCAGUUAUACACCAAUAGGGCUAUUGCAUACAUUGGAUUGAAUUGUGUCCCCGAGGCAAUUGAUGACCUUAAUAUGGCCGUUUAUUUGGAUAGAACAUUUACACCUGCAUGGACCCAAUUGGGAUACUGUCAUAUGUAUAUGGGAAACGCAUUACUUGCAUUGGAGUGUUACUUGCUAUCUUUAAAGUCUGCUCUGGGAGAUUUACUUCCUAUUGGUUUUCCAGACGACCGUCUGCUUAGAAAAAAAUACAAGUCGAUGAAGAUCCAAACCAUUUUGCCCCAAUUUGUUGAGAAAUUGAACUCAGCAAUUGCGCUCACAGAAAAGCGUUCAUACCAACAGCGCGUUCCAGAAGACAAAAUUAAAAAAAUAGUUAGUGAAGUGAGAAAAGUUUUGGCGCAAUUGCGUGCUAUGUGUCCCGAAUCCGAUUGCGAGUAUUAUACCUACACCCCAGUAUAUCGAGAUUCCUCCUUGAGAAAUUUAUCGGAAAGGAUCAACUCGACACGUCCAAACAUCCUCACUCCUGAAGUCUCACAAAGAAUUCUUGCUAGUAAUGGAAUGGAAACUGCUACAAUCACUGAGAUUGACAGAAGACACGAGCCAAUUAUACUCAACACGGACACGAUGGCGACAGGUGGGGAAACGGGGGUAAAUGGAAUUCAGUUGGACAUAGGUCUUGGAGCAAACGGUACCAACACAAACACAAAUGCAAAUGCAAAUACAAAUGCAAAUACAAAUGCAAAUGCAAAUGUAAACACAAAUACAAAUACAAACAAUAACACUAACGUCAAUGGAGGUCAGACCCAUCCAUUUCCUAUUCGUGAACUUCUCAAUUUCAUUGGAGGAAACGCAGAAGCACGUGCAGUGGUGAACAACAAUACAUCUGCUGGACAACAACAGCAACAACAGCAACAACAACCUAAUGACGCUACCAAUAGUUCACAGUCAGAAAAUAGGACUAAUCGAGGCGCCGAUCAACAACAUUCACCACCACCUCCACCACCACCUCCACCACCACCAAGUAAUGAGAACAAUUUCGGAAACACUUUCCGCACGCAAAUUCACACAAUACAAGGUGGCGCGAUGCCAGAGGCAUUACUUCAAACAGUGCGUAAUAUAAUUCCUCCUGGGUUGCUGGAGACUUUUGAAAGAGCAUUACAGAGGUCCACCAAUACUGAGAAUGAAACACGGACUCAAGGAUUUGGUAACACCCAAGGAAACACCCAAGGAAACACCCCAGGAACAGAAGCUAGACGAGACAACUCUGGCGAAGAACAACUUAGGAAUGACGACACCCAGGAAGCAAGAGGAAACAACAGAAACUUGGAUCCUUCGAUAGAAGACGUGCCAGAUUUGGACUAG